ACCAAACGAAUGUGGUUUGACAGAUACUGAACAAGAGUAAGAAAAAGUAAUCUUGAUUUUGUAUCUAUUAAGCCCACAUUUGGCAUGAACAUCAGUACCACAUUUAGAAAGAUAUUACCUUAAGCACUUAACUCUUUCAAACCUAUUUGCUUUUUGGGGAAGAUUCAGUGAAGGUAUUGUUUUUCAGAGUAUCCUUCUGUCUGAAGAAGAAAGAGAUGCCUACCAGGACCUACUGACCCAAGUGGAAAUACAAGGAACCAUCAAUAGAAUCAACAGGCUUGCUGCUAUCGAUGAAAUCAAUGCUGUGAUUCGAGAAGGUCAUCCCAGUGACACCAUGACUGCACUCAUGAAACCUGAGGCCCAGCUCCCUCCCGUCCUUCCAUUCGCUGCCGUUAUGUAUCAGAAUGAACUGUUCAGCCUUCAGAAAGAGAACUCCUUGAGCUACCUGGACCCUGAGGAGCUGUCCACAACAAUAGAAAUGGUGUCAGGUGUUGUUUUGCUUAAUCAGGCUUUGGAAAGUGAGGAUCUCGUGUCAAUACAGAAUCAUCUCCAAAAUCCCUCAAUAGGUUUUAAUAACCUGGAGGAAGACCACCUGGAAAGGUAUGCUAGCAGGCUCGUGUCCAUCAAAAGAGAAGCCUCAUCUCAAGGACAAGAACACUUAAGCCGGGAUGAAAUGCAAAAUCUCCUUGAUAUGGUUAAUGUAGAAAUUCAAGAAGAAAAAGCAUUGUAUGCAGCAGUUCUUGCAAUUAAUGAAGCCAUUAAGGAGGGCAUCGCAGAGCAGACUCUAGUAACUCUGAAGAAUCCAAAGGCCGGUUUAACCUCUCUUGAUGAUAACCUCUCUUCAAAUUAUCAAGAGGGACUUUGGGGAGCCAAGCAGGAAAAAGAAGAGAUUGCAAAAGUAGAGAGUAUCCUUCUGUCUGAAGAAGAAAGAGAUGCCUACCAGGACCUACUGACCCAAGUGGAAAUACAAGGAACCAUCAAUAGAAUCAACAGUAA